ACAAUCGACUAGCAACGCGCAGCGCUUGGCGUCUGUGUUCGGGUAUUAGCUGAUUAGCAGGACUGUUGUGGAAGACGAACUCUAAUCUUGUUGGACGGAUUUGAUUUACCGUAUCACUUAUUUAUUGUCAAACUGCUAAAAUGAGCCUGUCUCUGAGGGCUGACCUAACUGCUGAUAAGACUAAAAGGAAGAAAAGGAGAGAACUUUCUGAGGAGCAGAAGGAUGAAAUCAAGGAGGCGUUCGAGCUCUUCGACACAGACAAGGAUAAAGAAAUAGAUUAUCAUGAGUUAAAGGUGGCGAUGAGAGCUCUGGGUUUCGAGGUGAAGAAAGUAGACGUGUUAAAGAUCCUAAAAGAUUAUGACAGAGAAGGAACUGGGAAAAUAACUUUUGAAGAUUUCAAAGAAGUGGUGACAGACAUGAUAUUGGAGCGAGACCCGAAAGAGGAAAUCCUGAAGGCGUUUAAACUUUUCGAUGACGACGAAACGGGAAAGAUAAGCCUGAGAAACCUGCGCCGAGUUGCUCGCGAACUGGGCGAAGACAUGAGCGACGAAGACCUGCGAGCCAUGAUCGAUGAAUUUGACACGGACGGGGACGGAGAGAUUAAUCAAGAGGAGUUCAUCUCCAUCAUGACCGGCGACUCGUGAGCAGCUGAGACUCAAAGAAAGCGCGCUGGAGAUUUGGCCGCACACACACUCCGAAGAGCCAAUCGAAUCCGAAAGACUGAUCUUAUGCAUGAGCUGUAAACCACAUUUCACGUGUACGGAACGGUAGGUUUGAUUGGUGCUAAAAUCUGGAGAGAUGCUUGAACUGAACUGGACGUGAAGGACGAACAACAUUUCAGAUUAUGAAUAGUUUGGUUAGAUUUUUAUAGGGGUACUUUGUAUUUUAAAAUGGCUAAUUUGUUACGUCUUCGAUAUUAUUGGUUUGUACUGUAGCUGUUCAUUUCACAUUUGAAAUAAGAUUCCAAAGUACUAUUUAUUGUAAAUACUCAGUAAAAAAACAAACAAACAAACAAAUCAUUUUCUUUCU